AUGUCGUCGAUAUCUAGGACGAUCAAGAUCGCGAGAACCCUCUCGCGGUCGACACCAAAGACCUACCUCAACCUCUCCCGCAACUUCUCCACCACGCUCCGCCGCAAUGAGAUCAACAAAGUCUAUUCCUCGCCCGAAUCCGCCAUCGCCGACAUGAAGCCCAACAGCACGCUCCUCUGCGGAGGCUUCGGCCUAUCCGGUGUGCCCGACACCCUCAUCAACACAGUGAAAUCGCAACCGCAGAUCACAGGGCUCACCGCCGUAUCUAACAACGCAGGCGUCGUGGGCAGCGGGCUCGGGCUCCUCCUGGAAUCGAAGCAAGUGUCCAAGAUGAUCGCGUCUUACGUCGGGGAGAACAAGGUGCUCGAGCAGAUGUACCUCGCCGGCGAGCUGGAGCUCGAACUCACACCCCAAGGCACGCUCGCGGAGCGCUGUCGAGCAGGCGGCGCGGGAAUCCCCGCCUUCUUCACACCGGCAGCAUUCGGCACCGUCGUGCAGACCGGCGAACUCGCGCUCCGGCACAACAGCGACGGCUCCGUAGCGACGUACUCGCAGCCGCGGGACGUCAAGGUCUUCGACGGCAAGUCGUACGUGAUGGAGGAGGCGAUCAAGGGCGACUACGCGUUCAUCAAGGCCUGGAAAGCCGACCGCCUCGGAAACCUUCAAUUCCGGUACGCGGCGCAGAACUUCAACGGCGCGAUGGCCCGCAACGCCAAAAUCACCAUCGUCGAAGCCGAAGAAAUCGUACCCGUCGGCGACCUCCCGCCCAACGCCAUCCACGUCCCGGGAAUCUACGUCGACCGCGUCAUCCAAUCCACCUCCCCGAAGAACAUCGAAAAAGUCGUCAACCGGCCUUCCUCCACCGCCUCCGCCGUCGCCGACACCCUCGGCUCGGGCGCCGCAGCCUCCAAACGCGAACGCAUCGUGCGGCGCGCAGCGAAGGAAUUCAAAAACGGGAUGUACGCCAACCUGGGAAUCGGGAUGCCCAUGCUCGCCCCUUCCUUCGUCGACCCCUCCGUCGAAGUCCAGCUGCAAUCCGAGAACGGGAUCCUCGGUCUCGGCCCGUACCCCACCGCCGGCGCGGAAGACCCAGACCUCAUCAACGCGGGCAAAGAGACCGUGACGCUCGCCCCUGGAGCCUCAACCUUCGGCUCCGAAGAGUCGUUCGGCAUGAUUCGCGCGGGGAAAAUCGACCUCACCAUCCUGGGCGCGAUGCAGGUUUCCGCGCAGGGCGACCUCGCGAAUUGGAUGUUGCCUGGUAAGGUGAAGGGGUUCGGAGGCGCGAUGGAUCUGGUGAGUAAUCCGCAGGCGACGAAGGUGGUGGUGACGAUGGAGCAUACGGAUAAGAAGGGGAGGCCGAAGGUGAUGAAGCAGUGUGAGUUCCCGCUUACCGGGAGGAAGUGUUGCGUGUUUGACGUCGAUUUUACGAACGGGCUUACGCUGGUGGAGAUUGCGGAUGGGGUUACGGUUGAUGAGGUUAGGGCGAAGACGGACGCGGAGUUCAAGGUUGCGGACGAGACCAGCUGUAGAAUUUCCUCGAUCGACAAGAUCUAUUCUCUCGACGCAAAAGCAUAUGGCAUCUGUGUCAUCUACUACACAAUCUUCAAUAUCGACCUCAUCUCCGAUGAACCCAGUCAUAUUGUUCAGAAGAUUCCAGGAACGUUAUUUGGUCUUUAG